AUGUCUGGAAUCCGAGUCAUCUCCGCGGUGGCCGUUGCCUGGGCGCUCGCUUUCUUGUUUACUUGCGUCUCGAGGCUGCAGCGAAACAUCGCCAGCGCAAAAAAAACGGGCUUCAAUUACGUCAUUUGCCCGUAUAAUCCUCACAAUGCACUUUGGUUGACCAUUCAAGUUCCGUUCUUGGCCCUUGUCAAGGCUGUGGCGCCGGCAGCAGUGGGAACAGUUACGCUGACCGUCAUGACAAAGGACUGGGCAUACAAAAUCGACCGUGGGGAGAUCUGGCACAAGCUUGGCGACACCUUCAUUGUGCUUACCCCUUGGUCCCUAAUCGUGUACACACGCUGCCCAGAGGCCAUCCAGCAGAUAACCAGCCGGCGCGAGGACUUCCCCAAGGCCGUCGAGCAGUAUGGGGUCCUGGAGAUGCUCGGCGCAAACAUUGUCACGACCGAGGGUGCCGUCUGGAAGAUGCAUCGCAAGGUCACGAGCUCCCUGUUCAAUGAGACUAGCGCCGCAAACGCCUUCGACGAGACUAUCCGUCAGACGCAGAGCAUGCUAAGGCUCUGGAGGGGCCACGGCGACAAUGAUGGCCAGGAUGACCAAAACGCAGCCGACCGGAGAACAAUCAGCUCGUUGGCACAUGACACCAUGACCCUGGCCUUGAACAUCAUCGGUACCAUUGGUUUUGGUCUGCGAUUCCUGUGGCCUGGUGAGAAGCCGUCUGAUAAUCAGGAUCCAAGGAUGAACAAGUACACGCAGUCCGAGAAAGACUCCAAUUAUCUCAUGACGUUUCCGAAUGCCACGGCAGGAAUGCUGGAGAACAUCUUUGCCAUCUUGCUCGUCCCCAGCAUCCUCUUGCGUCAUCUCCCGUUCGAAUGGGCAAGGUCUGCCCAUGAGUCAAAUAUUACUUACGUCCGGUACAUGCGCGAUCUCGUCAAUGACAAGAAAGAGGACCUCAAAAAAGGGGUCCCCAAGACCAAUGAACACAUGGACAUUGUUGGUGCCCUGGUGCGGGCCAAAGACGACCAGGAGAAACAGCAGGGUUUACGCAAGACAGAAACCAUGCCGCCGGGCCUCCAGCUCACAGAGGACCACAUCAUCAGUAACGCCUUCAUCAUGAUGCUGGCCGGCCACGAGACAUCGGCAAACAUGCUGCACUUCGCCAUGAUCCUCCUGGCCGCUCACCCCUCGUCCCAGCGUGCCAUGCAGGCCGACCUGGAAAGGCUAUUCCCCGAGGAGGACGAGAACCCGGCCGGUUGGAAGUUCGAGAGCUGCAUCAACGACCUCCUCACCUCUAUGCCGGGUGCCGUCCUCAACGAGACGCUGCGCUUCGUCCCGCCCGUCGUCGUGAUCCCCAAGCAAGUCUCACCCGCCCGCGACCAGGUCCUACGCCUCGACGGCGGUAAAGACGAGCAUGUCCUCCCUGCCGGCACCGUAGUCUCAAUCACGGUCAUCUCUGCGGCGCGAAACGAGAAACACUGGCCACCUAACGAGGCUGGGGAGAGCGACGUCCACGAGUGGAUCCCAGAACGGUGGUUCCGGGUGUCGUCGUCUUCGCCGCCGGCGCCGGUAGACACCUCUCGGACGCGCACCGGAGAUUCCCGGGCUGCGAACGACGACAUGACCGACGACGAGGGGGACGGACUGGAGACCACGAGUGCCGGGGCCGAGCGGCCCAUGUUCCGCCCCGUUCGUGGCCUGUUUGUUCCCUUCUCCGACGGUGCCAGGAGCUGCCUGGGCAGGAGGAUAGCGCGGGUCGAGACGGUGACGGCGCUAGCCGUCAUCUUCCGCAAGUACAGCAUGGAGCUCGCGGUCGACGAGUGGGCCGACGACGAGGCCGUCGAACGGAUGAGUGCCAAAGAGCGGGCCGAGCUGUACGGCAAGGCCAUAGCGCGGUGCAUGGAAACACUGAAAACCGCCACGUCCACUCUGACUCUGAAGUUACCAAAGGAUCAACGUGUACCGAUAAGGGUCGUCAGGAGAGGGAAUGAGAGGUUCAUCGGCCAACUGUGA